AUGGCAUGUGGAAUAACACCCUACUCCCGGUGCGUAAAAUGGCGCUUUGGCUGCGGACAGGAUUGGAAGCUACUGUUCUUUGUUUUUUAUCUCAACCACAUGGUCAGCGGACAUAUCCGUUAUUCAAUCCCAGAGGAGAUGAAGAAAGGCUCCCUAAUCGGUAAUGUAGUACAGGACCUUGGUUUGGAUCUGAAAAGGCUUCGUUCUGGUCGGGCCCGCAUCGUGACCGGAGAAAGCAUCCAGUAUACUGAGCUGAAGACAGACAAAGGGAUUUUAGUCGUGAAAGAGAGAAUAGACCGGGAGCAGAUUUGUGGAGACGUUACGCCGUGUAGUUUCAACUUCGAUGUCAUUCUAGAAAACCCAAUGGAGUUACAUCCUGUGAAAAUACUGAUCCAGGACCAGAACGACAACCCUCCUCAGGUUCUGUACCCAGUACAGACUGGUGGCUCUCUGGUGGCUGAAAUGGUGCCUCGUUCAGCAGAUGUGGGCUAUCUGGUCACUAAAGUGGUGGCUGUUGAUGUGGACUCUGGACAGAAUGCCUGGCUCUCCUAUAAACUGCAGAAAGCCACAGACAGGGCGCUGUUUGAAGUGGGCUUACAGAAUGGAGAAAUAAGAACUAUCCGCCAAGUCACUGAUAAAGAUGCUGUGAAACAAAGACUGACUGUUAUAGUCGAGGACAACGGGCAGCCCUCUCGUUCAGCUACAGUCAUUGUUAACGUUGCGGUGGCGGACAGCUUCCCUGAAGUGUUGUCUGAGUUCACUGACUUUACACACGACAAGGAGUACAAUGACAACCUGACUUUUUACUUAGUGUUGGCUUUGGCUGUAGUUUCCUUCCUCUUCAUCACGUGUUUAGUGGUUAUUAUAUCAGUGAAAAUCUACAGAUGGAGACAGUCUCGCAUCCUGUAUCACUCCAAUCUCCCUGUGAUUCCAUAUUAUCCACCACGUUACUCAGACACUUUGGGGACAGGGACUCUCCAACACGUGUACAAUUACGAGGUGUGCAGGACGACUGACUCCAGAAAGAGUGACUGUAAGUUCGGCACAGCUGGUAGUCAGAACGUGCUGAUAAUGGACCCCAGUUCUACAGGGACGAUGCAGCGGAUACAGAGUGAAAAGAGCCUCCUGGAUGAACCAGACUCUCCUCUAGAGCACCACAGUGUAGACAACUAA